AUGGACUCGAAUAACGACGUGGAUUUCGACGCCUACUGGGAAGAGGAGAGCCGCAACAAGUACCGGAAUCGUAUUCGCGUUGGACGACAGUAUCAGGCUUCGGUACCUCCGCUUCUGAGACCCGGUGAAAGUGACGACCGUCAACUGGAAGAUCUCGAAACGCAGUACUGGAAGCCGUCGUUGGACGACGAAGCGAUCCACGAGUAUCUUUCGAUGGCGAAAGCUGUCAGCGUGUUCAGCUGUAGCCUCGAGUCCCAGAGUCACGACAAUCUCCAGAGCGCCAUAAGAGGCUUGACGGAGUUCGUAAUGAAACACCAUGAUCCGUGCCACCGGGACGCCGGUUGCAGAAUGUCCGUCAAGUCGAGUUGGACGAACAAAGAGGCCGAGCUCCUGGCGUGCGCUCUGGAGCGAUGCGAGAACGCCAAUCGGAAGAAAAUGGCCGAAGAAUACGACGAGAGCGGCAGCGACGACGCGGACGGGGUUGACGAAACGAGCGAUAUCGAGGCGGAUUGCCAACCAUCGUCGACGUCGGCCCUCGAGCUCCCUAUCGAUGUGAAUCCACCGUCCGAGAUCAAACCAGUCCCGGCGAGGGUUAUCGGUCGGAAAACCGACUCUCCGGUUUCGGAUUCUGGUUCGCCGACUGGACCAGCCCAGGCGACCGGGACAGCGGCGGGCGGCGCGACCCCCGUAAGCGCGAAAUCACGCGCAGAUGGCGCGAACACUAGUCAGCAGCUUCAGGACCCGUCGGCCGCGGGCCAAGGAAGUCUGAAGUUCUAUUUGAAAGGCCAGCUGAUUCUCAAGUUGAACGCCCAUCAGGAACGGAAAACCUGGGUCGAGGACCCCGACAAUCCAGCGGCCAGUAGCGGCCAGUUCGGUGGAGUCGCGGGGGCUCUCUCCGGGGGCCAGAACAGGCGGAAAGCUGGAAGGAAAGCCAACAGGAGUUCGACAACAUCAGGACCCAUUUCCUGGCUAGAUCGCGGCUCGCCUUCCCUGGAGAGCACGAGCUCUUUGGACUCGCACAACAGUACUUCGACGUCGGCGACAACCCCGACGUGUGCAGCAGCUACGCCGACGCCGUCGACCACAGCCGCAACUUCAACUGCGGCUACGAACGCAUUGCCCGCGGGAGGAAACAACGGCGGUGGCGGCGGCGGGAGCAGUAGUUCAAGUAGCAGCAGCUGUAGUAGCAGCAGUAGUAGUGCCGCUUCGUCGGCUGCCAACCCAGUGUCCCAACAGCCCGCUCCCCUUGACCUGUCCUCGCAACAAAGUUAGUUAGUGCUUGAGAGUCGAGGAAACGACGUAGAUGAGAUCAUCACCGCCACAAUAAUGAUUCUCAUAGCUGACUGCGGGCCACUUGUUGAGUGGCUGUACGACACGUCGGAGUGGUUCGAAGUCUGGUCGAGUCACUCGAAUGAAUCGCCGCCCCACGGUUUCUGUUGUGAUCAAGCUUGACGCCGCUAGGAUUUUUCUCUUUUGUUACUUGUCGAUCUCUGCCAUUCGAGUGGUCUCCGGUCGGAAAUCGGUGUAGUCGACUCGAAGCUGUGUAGACAAUGGUCUUCUAAGGGCAGCUUGUGCACGCCUGACGACU